UUGCGGGAGAGACCGGCGCCGCAAGUAGACAGGGCAGCCCAAGGUGCUUUGCGGCCGCGAAGCCCCUGGCCGGGGAGGGCGAUGUCGUCGGGCAUGGAGGCCAAGGGCAGCGGCGGGUCUCGCGCCCGCAGGAAGCUCCUCACGGCGGAAGAGGCCGAGUUGUUCGAGCUCGCGCAGGCGGCGGGGACCGGGCUCGAUCCGGAAGUGUUCAAGAUCCUGCUGGACCUGCUGCGCAUGAAUGUUGCCCCUGUGGCCAUCUACCAGGUGCUGCGUGCCAUGUGUGCUGCCGGGCAGAGAGUGAGCGGCCCUGAAGCCAAUGCCACCGAGCCCCCGCGAGAGCCCCCAAUUGUCUCUGCCAAGACCAGUAAAAUCCCUGCACCACUCUCAUUUUCCUCUGUCCUUCGACCUCCACGAAUAGGAGUCACUAAGGCUGUGGUCUACAGUCCUGCUGCAGUUUGUUCGCCUCUCUCUCAAGGUCCCCCUGGCUCUUUCCAGUUUUCUUGCUGCCUGUUCUCUCCUUUUGCAGGUAGGCCCAGAACUAUAUCUGCAACAUCUGGGAACCAGACGCUGUCAGACCAGAGUAGCCGGGAAGGAUCUAUUCAACGAGUACCUCGGCAACCAAGUGCUAGCAGGCUACAAAAGGCUGGAUGCCCUGGGAAAAGUGCAUAGCAGGUUUUACCUACUGCAGUAAAAUUGCAAUGUAGCAAAUUCAGUGUUGUCAAGAAUUCAUCGUAAUUUUCAAAGUGCCACCAGUAGCUUAUAUCUAGAAAAGAAGUAUCUGGAAUGAGAUGGAGAAUGGUUGCGGUAUAACAAACUGACUACUAAAGGUUCAGAUAAACCAAUCCUGGUUAAUUUCAUUCUUUUAAUUUAAAAUGUCUGUCUGUAGUUCUUGGUGUAAUAAAACUUUUUUUUUAGUUUAUAAGUUCAAAUGUCUGUAGUACUUGGUGUAAUAAAAAAAAUUACCUUCAAGUUUAUUUCUGCUGUUAUGUGUCUUAGGUAGCAAUACUGUGUUCAGAGUUAAUUGAGGCUUACAUUAGGCUUUAUUAUAGAACACUAGCUAUGCCCAGCCACGCGUUGCUGUAGUGUAGUCCUAAGCAACAUGUGGCAUUCAAGGUGGCCUAUAGAGGAUUCCCCCAGGUAUGAAACAGCCAGGCUUUGAAGCUGCAAGGCUAUUCAAUGGUAUUCAAGUUGGCCAACAAUGCAGUCCCCUAGGUAUGAAGCAACCAGGCUUUGAAGCUGCAAGGUCAUUCCAUGGGAAGUGAUUGAGUACUGUGGCCAAAUUUGGUGUGAUUUGGCCCCGUGAUUUUGUUAUUAACUCGGUCCUAAUUAUGCACAUUAUAUAGAUGGACCAAAUAAAUAUAUAGCAUUUUUAGAUCAAAUAAAUAUUUUAGAGGAUUUGAAGAGAGUUUUGAAACAUGCACAAACUUUCUUAGGUUUAGGAUAAACUUUCUGAAAAAAAGAACUGACUCUGGUACUGAAUCACUAAAUUCCACAAUGAGCCAAAUAUUUUGAAAUCCAAUUAUCACAGGGACAGAAAGUCUUCUGAACAGGGGCACAUAAUACAAAACAAACAGCACAUGGGUGUUUGCUCUUCCCUAUGCUAUCCAAAGCUAAAACAAUAUGUAUUUUUGGCUGGAGUUACAUUUAAAAAUUGUACCUGUUUCGACUUACAUACAAAUUCAAUGUAAUUUUGUUUGUAAUUUGGGGACUGCCUAUACUGCUGUCUCCUCAUUGCCGAAUACUGCUUUGAUGUGACUGCUGUAAAUUCUUGUGAGACGUCAUUUUGUCUCUCUUUUUUGGUGUCGUUUGUUAGACUUUUUGUUGCUAACUUUACUGCUGAUCACUUGAUAGCUCAUUAAAAUGUUUCUAACUUUUGGCUUUGAAUUUGGGGCCAUCAUUUUGAAACACCUUGUAUAUUUCCUUUUAUAUUCUGUGAGCCAUUUUCUGAAAACAUAAACAAUUACUUUGUUUGCCCUUGGUGGCACAGUGGGUUAAACUGCGGAGCUGCUGAACUUGCUGACCGAAAGAUCAGUGCUUCAAAUCUAGGGAGCGGAGUGAGCUCCCACUGUUAGCCCCAGCUUCUGCCAACCUAGCAGUUCAAAAACAUGCAAAUGUGAAUAAGAUCGAUAGAUACCGCUCCAGUAGGAAGGUAACGGCUCUUCAUACAGUCAUGCUGGCCACGUUACCUUGGAGGUGUCUACGAACAACUCUGGCUCUUCAGCUUAGAAAUAGAGAUGAGCACCAGUCCCCAGAGAUGGGCAUGACUACACUUAAUGUCAGGGGAAAACCUUUACCUUUACCUUCACUUAGCAAUUAAAAAAACACACAAUGAAAUGCUCCAAUUAAAUUGUAUAAAUACAAAGGCCAAUUGGACAAAACAACAAAGCAUACCUAUCUGCUGUGAAGAAUGCUGGAUUGUAACUAAAUAACCUGAAGUGUAACAUGAAGUGACAGUUGAUCAUGAAGAGGAGCAAGCUUAAAAAGUUUGUUUUUUUUUUAAAAAGGACUUGAACGGUUAAGAGUUCUUUCUGUGAUGGAGAGAGGAUUCCAAAAUAUAUGAAGAAAGAUCUAGGAAAACUUUGAAGAGAGUUAGAACUAGCAAAAAUGUUGGUGUAAACCCGUCUGUGAAUACUACUGUAUUGAUAAUGUUGUAAACAAUAUUUGUUUGAGCAAUUGUUUCUUAUCAAAUCCACAUUGCAGAAUUAUAAUAGUUUGAUAAUAGCAUUAAUCGCUAUGGCUUGAUGUGAUAGAAUUAUGGGAUUUGUAGUUUUGUGAGAUACUUACCCUUCUGUGUCAUUUGCCAACACAAAUCCCAGGGUACCAUGGGAUUGAGCUAUGACACUCAAAUGUUAAAAGCAGAUAACUUUUAUUUUAUCUGGCAGUGUAGAUGGUACCUAACUCAAAUGCCUAGCUAUUUCCUUAAAGAGAACUAUAAAUUUGUGUAGGAUAUAGUUCCAACAGUGAGGAGGGAGCAUUCUUCACUAGGUAGAGAGGAGAAAAUGAUGGUCUCUAUAGGAAUCCUAAAGGGAAAGAAACACAGAAGUGAAAAUUUAACACACACAUAUACAUACAGACACACACACACACAGAGGCAGACAUGCACAGUGUGUGUGUGCGUAUUAGCUUUAAACCUAAGCCUGGCUCUGCGUUAAGAUCUCAACAUGGAACUAACUUAAGUAGUCAUAUACGCCCCAAACCAAAUGAAUCUGUGGUCAAUAUAUUCAUUUCGCAUUCAUCUCUUUACUAUACAGGCAAUCACCUUGGAUAUUUGGAGGGAAACUCUGGAAGCCAUUUGUAGAUUUGCCCCAAUGAUAUGGCCUCCUCUUUUCUCCCCUCCUCUUCCUCUCCUUCCCCCUUCUCCAAUCCCCUUCCCAUGGUAUAGAGUAAUCUGGGAAGGCCUGAGCUGAGGCAUAAUACAAACCCCAGAAUUCUGCAGGAGGCAGAAACCAGAUUGAAAGUGGAUUCAUGCAGUAGUGUGAUGAGGCAGUCAAUUCUCCUUCUCAGUAGUUUUCUUUUUCUUUCUCCUUUUUCCCCUUCUUCCUUCCUUCCUUUCCCAGAAGUAAUCUAGGAAAGCCUAAGCUGAUGCAUUUCAUAUAGAAGAGACAGACCUUCCUUCUGAUAUACUUGAAGCUUUCUAUAGUCAUGUGACAAGUAGAUAAGAGAUAGCCAAUGGUCUUAUGAUACCCCGAUUUAUAUAUUUGGGGAUUCGCAUUGGGAUAGAUUUGCAGGUGCCAGAUGUUACCGAUGCAAUAACUAGGAAAUUUAAUAUAUCAAACACAUCUUAUUGUUCUGCCAUUUUUAUAAACAGGCUCGACAACAUAUUAUUAAUGCAUUACUGAGCAACUUACCUGGUAGAUCAGCUCAAUUCUCUGUUAAGUUUUUGCUAGGAGAUAAUCUUCUGUGAUAAGGAAAAUUACACCACAAAAGAAAUGAAGUUCUAUGUGUUAUAAUGGUAUGACUUAAGCCAUGUCUAGGUAAAAGGUAAAGGUUUCCCCUAACCUUAAGUCCAGUCAUGUCUGACUCUGGGGGUUGGUGCUCAUCUCCAUUUCUAAGCCGAAGAGCCGGCGUUGUCCGUAGACACCUCCAAGGUCAUGUGGCUGGCAUGACAGCAUAGAGCGCCAUUACCAAAAGGUUGCAGGUUCAAAUCCCGGGAGCGGAGUGAGCGCCCACUGUUAGCUCCAGCUUCUGCCAACCUAGCAGUUCGAAAACAUGCCAAUGUGAGUAGAUCAAUAGGUACCAAUCCAGCGGGAAGGUAAUGGCACUCCAUGCAGUCAUGCCAGCCACAUGACCUUGGAGGUGUCUACGGACAACGCCGGCUCUUCGGCUUAGAAAUGGAGAUGAGCACCAACCCCCAGAGUCAGUCAUGACUGGACUUAACAUCAGGGGAAACUUUUACCUUUAAUCUUCUCCUUGUGACUUUGGCCAUUACCAAGUUUCUCUCUGAGGCAGCCAGGAUAAGAUUUAUCAUCUACUACUAGACCCUGAAAUUAGCCUUUGUACUUACUAACAGUGUUCUCAUUCUUGUUUAUAUGUACUUUGUCUAGCACGCCUUCUUGUGCCUUAGUUUAUUAAUCUCUAUGCACAUUAUGUAUCUUUGGGUGUUGAGCUGUUUGGGUCUUUGGACUGUAAUAAAGCUUAUUAAUUAUUA